AUGUGCAACUUCAUCCAACGGGAAUACAGCUGCGGGCACUACCGCUUCAUCGCCUCAAAAUGGUGCGAGACCUACACCGUCACCCACAAGCGAUGCCCAGCCGAGAUCUCCUACUUUGAAUAUGCCUCCGAUCUCCUUUGCGGCGACUGCAAAGCCAAAACUCUCCCCCCUGUCCCCUGGGAAUUCAUGAUCAAGAGACACGACAAGACACGCACCUCUAUCUCAUUAUGA